UGCGUGUGCUGCUGUUUCAGCGUCGGCCGCUACAACAAUAUACAACCAGUAUAUAUGUACAGCUAGCGUUGGUUAAAUAGGUUAUGUCUCGUGACGCCUGUGCACACUGCAGCAGUAGAAACAUCGGAACUAGCAGCAGCAGCAGCAGCUCCCAGCUGCACAGCACGAAGAUCAGUCAGUUGUGUUUUAUUGACGGUGAAUGUGCUGUAUAUACACACGGACGACAAGACGACGACGACAACGUCAACGAGCUCACAGCUGCGGAGCUGUAUGAUAAAUACGAGCCAGACGCGAGCCGAACUUUUACUUUUUUGGACGUGCAGCUCGUCAACGCGAAUAUUGGCUUGAUUCGUGUGUACUUUUAUAAUAGAGAACCUUCUAAUACGCUUUGUCAGUUUGCGUGCAAAGGAGUCGACGACGACGCGGCUUGGCAGCCGACAUGCAAAGCGAUGUCUGGCGAUGACAGGACAACAACAACGACCACAACGAUGAACGGUAGGAACGAGUAAAGCAGCGAAAACCACGCAACGACGCACAACAGGACGAGAGCACGACAUCUAGACGUCACCAUGGCCGAGGAGUCGAGAGGUUCACGAAGAAACUCGCUGUCGGUCAACAGCGGCAACGCCAGACCGAACGGCUUCUAUCAGAGCAGCGGCGGCAGCUAUAGCGCCCGCACGACGCCGCUGCCGUCGCCCCUUCAGUCGCCUCUGUCGCCGUCGAGAAUACCGCGACUGACGACGCUGCCGUCGCCUCUGGCCUCGCCGACCGCCCUGAGACGAUCGUCCUCCCUUAGGGUCAAAGGCGAGCAAGCCCGCCAGCUGCAGCAGCAGCAACAACAACAGCAUCAGUACUACUACAACGACCAUUUCCCGGCUAUCGUCGAGAACGACGGCACACCGAAGCGCAGCCAAUCGAGUCUGUCGCUGACGCCACUGAGGAGCCGACACAGAGGCCACCAUCCGCUUGGGCAUCAUCAUCAUAAUCCCGGGCAUCAUCAUCACGACGACUGCAGCGACGCCGACAGCGUGCGCAGCUUCGGCAGCGGCCUGAGCGUCGCAUCGGCCUGCGAGCACGCCAACUUCGCCCUGAACGGCACCACGUGGUCGGGCCGCCAGCAUCGCUACAUCGUGCACUGCUCGACGAGCAAUCUCAACGACGGCGACGAGUAUCUCACGCCGACGCAGCGGGCCCAGCGGCAGGUGCGCAAAUUCCAGGCCCUGCUCAAGGAGGCUCACAAGCGCGCCGACGAGCAGGAGCACGAGAUCGCCCGACUCAGCCAGGAGCUCGUCGAGCUGCGCAUCAAGAAGGUCUCGCCGGUCGAGGAGAAGCCCGAGGCAGAAAUAGCCGAGGCGACCACGGCCACCGCCGGGGACACCGACGAGGAUGACGACGACGAGGACGACGACGCGGUUUGCAGCGUGCGCGAGCGAAUUCCCACGGAGAGCUCGCCGGUCAAGGCUGCAGCUCCCCCGGCGGUGGUGGAAGCAGUUGCAGCAGCACCGCCGACACCGGCCAGCGCCGGCAGCAGCAGCAACGCCAGCAGCCAGCCCUGCAGCCCACCGCCACCCUUGGUGAUCGAGGAGAUCGUCUGCGCGAGGAGGGGGCCCGCCUCGCUCUCGGACUCGGGCCACUUCGACCAGGACGAGGUGGAGCGACUGCGCCGCCAGCACUGCGACGAGAUCAGCGAGGUGAAGCGCAGCUACAACGACAAGGUCGAGAAUCUGCUGGGUCAGCUGCAGGUGCUGCAGACGCGGCUGCACGAGGAGCGGCCGGCCCUGGAGCUGGCCGAGAGCCGCAGCCGCAAGCUCGAGGAGGAGCUCGAGCGCAGCAAGCGCCAGCUCGAGGAGCACAAGGCCCUGCUGCAGGAGCAGGAGGAGCGCAACAAGCACCUCUACCUCAUGAUGUACUCCAAGGGCCGAGAGGCGGCCCGUUUCGAGGCCUCGGACGGGGCCUCGACGAGCGGCAGUGGCUCGUCGACCAAGGCCCCGGGCAGCCCCAGCAAGAUCACGGUCGCGGAGCUGCUGCAGAAGCUCACCGUCACGCAGGCCGAGCUCGACAACGUCAAGGAUUCGAACAAAUCGCCCAAUCUGCUAUCUUUGGCCAUUAAAAGCCAAAGUUUGUUGAGUACUCAGGAGGCUGUUUCUCUCUGGGUUGUUGGCACGCGUAAGGCCAUGUACAGACGCCUCAUGGAUUCAAGAAGCAGCGAAGGGACCCUCGACGCCGAAAUAACUCUGCAAUUUCUCAAGUCGGCCGUUUAUUAUUUCCUCACCGAUCGGGAAAACGUUCAGGGUCAUUUGAACGCCAUCGAAAGCAUACUCGGUUUCACCGACGCGGAAAAGCUCAAUAUCGACAAGAUUCAUCGUACGUCUAGAAAAUAAUUUGAUUACAGAACUGCUGCUGAUGAUUUAUUUGUGUUCAUCGAUUCGUCUGCGAUUAAUUGUUUAUACUUUGUGUUGUGUGAGUGUGCGCUUUGUGAAGUUGUCAUUAUUAUCUUAAUACAUAGACCAAAACACCUGAUAGGGUUUGUCAUUUGUACAUUUUAUUUAAAAGUUUCAAUUAAGCUUAGGAUUAAUAAUUUUUUGCUGUUAUACUUUCUCACUCUGACUUUUGUAUUAUAAAUUCAUGGUAUUCUUGAGUCAUUAAAAAUAUUAUUAAACGAACUUAGCUAGUUAUCAAAACGCAAUUGACUCUUAUACCAGCACAUGGAUCAUUUUAUGAUCUUUAGACAUGUUGCAAGGUUUAACUUGCAUAAGCUAAAAUUUUUCAAAGCAAGCAAGGUACUAGAAUCUGUACAAUCACAGUUUCAUGUUAUUGUGACAUGAAUAUCAUUGGUAACUGAUCAGAGUUAUCAAAUAGGUUGACUGAAUCCAAUAGCGUUAUUUAUAAUUGUCUUUGGACUAAAGAUACGUAAGUUGUUGGUGAUAAGUUAAUUUAUUCCUCUUUAUUGUGAAAUUUAAGUAUUUAAUGAUCAUCAAUGUAAUAUAGUAUUUAUUUUUGUAAUAAAAAUAAUUAUUAAUUUUAAUUUUUGUGUAAAACGUGAGUUCCUGCUUUGAUGAUUUAAGAUAAAAAAUACCACUUAAGAAGUGGACCACAAGAUUUACAAAGGUUAGUAUCUAUAAGUUUAUUAAGGUUUUAUAAACCUUAGUGUAUUCUAACGAAAAAAAUUGAUUUCAAUAAUGCAGUAAAGAUUGAAAAGAGAAAGUUAAUUUAAUUUUGUCUUUUGACGUAAAUUUGUUUGAAUUGUGAAAAAAUGUUUGCCACUAUAAUUGAUUGAAAUCCAUGUAAAUAUUUAUGUUGAAGAUUUCAUCAUUUUUUUGCAAUAGGUAUAAAGAAUAAAGUCACAAAUGAACAAUU